ACGGAUCCGUACGGGAAUGUAAAUACUGGAAUUUAGACAAUCUCAAAGAAAAAGUGACAAUUUGUUGCAAAAUGUCGUUACCACCGCUUCCACCACAAUUAAAAGCAAUCCAGCACUAUUUAAAGACUGCUACGGAACAUGAUAAAAGAGAUCCAGUGGUAGCGUAUUACUGUAGAUUAUUUGCACUUCAAAAUGGAAUGGAGAUUGACAAGAAAUCACCAGAAUGCCGAGCUUUUCAUGUUGCUUUGAUGGACUAUCUGGAAAAGGUAAAGACCGGAGUUGAUUCUGAGGCUAUUCACAAUGAGGUGGUUGGUCAAGCACACAUGGAGAAUUAUGCUCUCAAAGUUUUCCUUUUUGCUGAUAAUGAAGACAGAGCAGGUAGAUUUAACAAGAAUGUUGUAAAAUCAUUCUAUACAGCAGGCAUGUUGUUUGACACAAUGUCUGUCUUUGGAGAAUUAAAUGAAGAUAUUGACAAAAAUAGGAAGUAUGCCAAGUGGAAGGCAGCUUAUAUACAUAAAUGUUUAAAGAAUGGAGAGACACCGAUACCAGGCCCUCAAAAUGAGGAAGGAGAUGAAGCUGGUGGAGUACAACCUGGAGGUGCAAUAGGAUUUGAACAACCUGGACCUUCUCAAGGUUAUGCCCCUCCUCCAGACCCGUCAUCAUACCAACCUGGCCCGACAACAUCCUACCAACCUGGGCCAUCGGCAUCAAAUUCUCUGAAUCUGCCUGGAAAUAACACAUCACCUAACGGUGCACCUACUGGGACUCACGCACCACCCUCUACGCCACAGGAUCCCCAGAAUGCAACAAGACCAGCACCACAACAAGCAUCGUUUAACACUGACUGGAAACCACCAACAAACUCAAGUUUGUAUUAUUAUUUUUUUUUGUAUAUCAAAAAAUUUAAUUAUACAUGUUUAUAGGA